AUGACCGAGUCAGUGGUAAGAGCUUUAUACGGCAAAGCGAAAUCUUUAAAUUUGAGUUCAAAGAAAAUAAACGUGGUUCCCGAGUGUGUUUCAAGAUUACCCAACCUGUCGGUGCUCCUGUUGAAGAACAACUCCAUCAGCGCGCUGCCCAAUGAGCUGCUCUAUCUGCAUCACCUGGUGGAGCUGAAUUUGGGGAAUAAUGCCUUGAAGGAGCUUCCUGCUGUUUUGGGCCAUCUGGAGUCUUUGAAGAAACUGUAUCUGUUCAGCAACCAAAUUACAGCAGUGCCACCUGAUGUGAUAGAUGGCUUACAAAACCUUGUUGUGCUGAAUCUGAAUCACAACCAUAUUCGAAGACUUCCACCUGAGAUUAAAAGUUUAACCAGGCUUCGACACCUCAGUGUGCUGGACAAUAAGCUGGAAGAGGUCCCUGCUGAGCUGGGUCAUCUCACCAGUUUGACUGAGAUAAACUUCACUUCCAAUCAUUUACCCUCGCUCCCAGUGCAGCUGUACCAGUGUAAAGAACUAACCAAGUUGCAUGUAGCCAGAAACAAGCUGACCAGCCUACCAGAGGGAAUCAAGGCACUGACAAAACUCCAAGUUCUGGAUGUAGCUGGGAACAAGUUGUCUAUGUUCCCUGUUGAGUUUGACAGUCUGCCGCUGAAGGAGCUGUACCAUGAGGACAACAGGUUUGUGCGCUGUGAGCCGAUGUCAUCAGUGCAGGAUGUGGAGGUGCUUAUGUUAAAGGAACUAGCUGCUAGGUUUGUCUUGCAGCAGGACAGGGACAUGUCCUCUCUGGUCCACAGGAUGCUUCCCUACUAUCCUCCCCUGCCUGAACUGUUGGCCAAUGGCAGCUGCUGUGCGCUCUGCCUGAACCCCUUCCUCACCACCUGGCUGGAGUGUGUGCAUUUUGUCAGUGUGAACAAGGAGACGAAAAUUAGGAGUUCAAAGACCAUUCCAGUGCGCGCCUUUCUUUGUUCAUACAAGUGCUUCAAUACGGAGGGACAUUCCUACUAUGGUGUUGCUAGAAAAUAA